GUGACGUAGGAUUAUAUAUGUGAGUUUGUUUUGGUCCUUACAUACUGCUAAAUUGGUCGAUUUAGGAUUUCUAGUUGUGCAUACGGAGUUGAUGGCUUAUUUGUGGACUCACUAAUCUACUCAGUCUACGACCAUCCCAAGAACUUUUGCUGGAAUCGCUUUGAUGAGAGGCAAGCCAAUUUUUUAUUUAUUGACAAGAAUUCAAGUGCUUUUUGAAAAAGCAAUUGGAAGCGCAUGGAGGUGCUUGUUUAAAAAAAUAAAAAUUUGAAAGUGCCUUUACAACCCAUAAACAGUGUCAACUUUUCCCAACGUAGUAACCAAAAGCGUUUUCUGCUGUUGUAAUUGCCUGGUUUUUUUCGAAGUGCUUUUAAAAUAAUUAAAUGCACUUUUAUAUCAUCCAAAGUGGUUAUGGUAAUGUUUGGCAUAAAACUUUAAAAGUGCUUAUGAGUUGAAAAAGGCAAUUGAAGUGUUUUGUGGAAGAAGCAUCUGUUGUGUGUUUUCUUAAUAAAGCAAAGCACUUGAAUUUUUCUUAAAAAUUUCGAUGUACUCCAAAUAAAAGCUCUUUUAUUGGAAGUGCUUCCGAGCAUAAGUGCUUUUUAAAGAAGCAACGGACCUGUCAUCAACGAAGAAAACCUCCCAACAAGAAAUUCAAUACUUCACAUAGAAUUACUUGUCCCCCUCACUUGAGCAAAGAAUCCUCCCUUUCUGCAGGGCCGUUGUUUAUAAACUCCUUCCAUCUAAACUGCCUCCUUGAGAAACGAUGGAAAACUACUCCAUCAUCCAAGACCUCAUUGAAAGCACUGAAGAACACGAUGACGACCCAAAUAACGAAUCCAAUUUCAUGUCUGCUAUGAACGCAAUACUAAGUGGCACUGCACGUCUCAACGUUCUCCUGCCCACGGCCCCCGUUCUUUCCUUCACCAUUUUCACUCCUCUCUUCACCAACGACGGCGUAUGCACCCCUCUCAACCGCUGGCUGACGGGUCUCUUUAUCGCUCUUUCAGCAGCAUCAUGCAUCUUCUUUACACUCACCGAUAGCUUCAAAACAGUGACUGGCAGGUUAUACUAUGGAGUGGCCACAUUUCGGGGGAUACAGACUUUCAAAGGCAGCCGGAAAAAGCCAUGCGUGCCCUCCGAUUAUAGGUUGAGAUGGGCGGAUCUCUUCCAUGCCUCGCUUUCGGUAGUCGCGUUCCUAGCGUUUGCAGCGUCGCAUUAUGAUGUUGUGGGUUGUUAUUAUCCGGCAAUGCCUCGGAGGGUGACCAACAUUCUUCCUCUUGUGGUAGGGUUUGUAGUUAGUGUUUUGUUUGUGUUGUUUCCUUCUAAGAGAAGGGGAAUUGGAUAUCCUUUCUUGCUGCAGAGAGAGGCUUUUUACUCUAGAUGUUGA